AUGGUCGAGAAGAAUCAUACGUCGCCAACGCGCCGGCAUUCAAUUAAAAAUCACGGAUAUCCGGAUAUCGACAAAAGUCUCUUAAUAGGAAAUAUUACAGAGAUACUUCCCAAUCAAUUAUAUUUCGCAUGUUUCAACGCGGACGUGGAAGAGCAGGUCGUCAAAGACAAAAUCUCAUAUGUUUCAUUUCACGGAAAAUUUCACUAUGAACCAUUUUAUCUGGAUUUUGGCCCAUGGAAUCUAUCUGUAUUAUAUAAACUUUGUGUAUAUAUUGAUGAAGCUGUAGAGACCGAACGAAAGCGAGGACGCAAAAUUGUAAUGUACUGCUGCGAUCAUAAUACUGGGGAGUUUGACAAAAUUCGUGUGAAUUGUGCUUAUGUUUUAGCAUCCUACUUGAUAAUUUACCAUGGCUUUACGGCUGAUGACGCGUUUUUGGCUUUAAGCCGCGCUCAGCCACCAAAGUACAUUGGAUUUCGAGAUGCAGCGCUGGGCGAGCCCACAUUCCUUCUCAAUGUGCAUGAUGUGCUUCGCGGUGUUGAAAAAGCGCUACUCCACACCUGGCUAGAUUUCACCGAUUUCGAUUAUGAGGAAUAUGUGUACUAUGAAACAGUCGAGAACGGCGAUUUAAAUUGGAUUAUUCCUGGAAAAAUUCUAAGUUUCUGUGGACCACACAAUGAGAGUCGCAUUGAGGAUGGCUAUCCCUAUCACGCUCCAGAAGUUUAUUUUGAUUAUUUCAAACAUAAUAACAUUACAACAAUUGUGCGGCUCAACGCAAAAAACUAUGACGCGAAAAAAUUUACAAAUGCUGGCUUCGAUCAUGUCGACUUGUUUUUUGUCGACGGAAGUACACCGUCGGAUGAAAUCGUCGAGAAAUUCAUUAAAGUUGUUGACAAAGCCAAAGGCGGAGUAGCUGUACAUUGCAAAGCAGGGCUUGGCCGCACUGGUACUUUAAUAGCCUGUUGGAUGAUGAAGGAGUUCGGUUUAACAGCUUGCGAAUGCAUGGCGUGGCUUAGAAUAUGCCGGCCUGGAUCGGUGAUUGGCCCCCAACAGAAUUUCCUCAUCUCCAAGCAGAAAAUGUGCUGGUCGAUGUCGAAAUCGAAUGGUGUUCAUUUGCCGUCGAAAUCGCAUAGCGAAGAGAGAAAAACAGUUAAAAAAUUGACCUCAAAGGUGGACGAAAUCAAUCUCAAUGACAAAAGUGUUGCCAAAACCAAACGACCGAAUAUCUUGCCACUUCGUAGAAAACCGAUGACCGUAAAUGGAAAUUAUGACGAGACCGCUCUUGAUGAAAAAGGUAGAUCGCAAGGUGAUCGGUUACUGCAGAUAAAAGCAAAGAGUCAAGCCGCCGAUCUCCAGCGCACACCUGAGAAACAUCAUAGAACUCGAUUCAAUAGCCCCACUAUGGUUUUGCCCAGCCAGGCAUUCCUUAAUAGAAAUCGCGAGCCGCUAAUGAAAUCCAAAGAAGCUACCCAGAGCUCAAGCAGUAUUCGAGCACCGAGUGGUAACGUUGCUUAUCGUACGCGGGCAUCGGGCACCCUCAGCAGAACGGGAAAUGAGCGGUUUAUAUUCCAAAACUCGCUGUUUUACGAGCCCGCUUCCGCUGUAUUUCCAUCAAUGGCCUCUCGAAGAAGUGAUGCGAUACGAUUUUCGUCUCCAACAACACCAAUAAAGCCAAUAUCGCCGUCGCCGACUGUUGCAAUUGGAAGCGCCUCGCUAAGAUAUAAAACUCGGUCUCGCGACGAACACCAACCGCAGUUCAGCCUUGUGCGCAUGCCGCCCAACGCGCCGCACACUUCUGUUCCACGCCUACCGCUGAGUCCGCAUAACAAGUCAUCUGUUGCACGAAGCGCAGAGCCGCUGAAAAUUCAGCCGAUUGUUGGAACUCCCAAGUGUACUGUAAGUGCUGCGGAACAUAAGCCGAUUCGGAUAUUAUCGAACGCGUCGAGCGCGACACUACGGAAAGUGCAACUAUCGAGACCGAGGCCUUAUCCACCGCAGGGGGUCCGAGUUGAACUUCUUGCCAAUGGUAGCACCUAUGAGCUACGACCACGAAUAGCGCGGGAAAUUGAGACACCCGGAAAACAUUUAGCAGCGAACACAGAAGCAUUACUAGGGAACAAACGAAAGAAACGAAUGUGA